GAAAGGAGGGAACGUCUCAAUUGCUGUGUCAAAUUGAUGCGCAUUUGAGUGUUCUCCCCAGACGACUCUAUCGCAAUUGCAGCCGGUGUAGCCUAUCAACACGAACUGGGUGAGAAAGUUGGAGGGAAAAUGCAACUGGUUAUCAGACAGUUCCGGCCCAGUGAUGGAGAUGCCAUCAGAGCACUGUUUGCCGAUGGAAUUCAGGAGCACAUUAACCCCUCUUUCACUCACGCCAUGCGUCAGCCGCCUUACUUUGUGCUCACCCUCUUGUUGGGUGUAGCGGGGUACCUGCUGGGCGGCUGGCUCCUUGCCGCCUGCUUAGCUGCUGUUUGGCCUGGACUAGUUUACUGUUGCUGUUAUGAGUUGUACGCUGGAUUUGUCAGGGCAAGAUUGCGCACGGACAUGAGAGACAUUCAGAGAAGCUACCUCAGCGACCCCGACAACACUUUCCUCGUGGCGGAGGCAGAGGUGAACGGGCGGCCUCGGUGUAUGGGGAUGGUGGCAGUCGAGGGGAAAACCGAGACUGGAAGCGGGAGGCGAUACGGCGAGCUGUUCCGCAUGAUUGUGUCGUCGGAGUGUCGGCGCGCGGGUCUCGGGACCCGUCUGGCACACAGCGCCGUUGACUUCUGCAAAGAGCGCGGCUUCUUCAAGGUCGUGCUGGAGACGAGCUCCACACAGAGAAGUGCAGUGGCACUGUACUACAAGAUGGGCUUCAUGCUGACACACACUCACACCGACACAGAGGCACCGCAGUGGGUCACCAAACUCACCAAGGUCACCGUGCUGAGGAUGGAGAAAACCUUUUAAACUACCUCACCACUGUCACACUGCCGAGGAUGGAGAAAACCUUAAAACCUCACCUCUGUCACAUCGCUGAGGAUGGAGAAAGCCUUUUAAUCUCACUACUGCCCGACAAAUCAUGCACCCAUUGUGUCUUCAUUUACUGAUUUGAGGCAUGGGUGUAGCAGCAAAUUGUGGACCCUAUGUUUGUACAAUCAGCUUCAAUGGACCCCCCAGCCACAUAAAUGACACCGUUUGUGGGCCCCCUAAAUACAUGGGGCUGUACAUGGGGCUCUGAUAAAUCAGUCACACCCCUGCACCACACCCCUGAACCUCGCCGCUGCCGGUUAAAUUAUGCAGCCCAUUGUUUCUUUCCUCACUGAUUGAGGAGUAGGCUGGAAUAGGUGGCCCGUAGGCCUAAUAGUGCACUUAAUUAGUGAUCCCAGUGAAAGCCAGAUGUGUGAUUUUAGUCGUUUAUUUUCAAAAUGAAUGUUGCAUUCACAAAUGUUACUUCAGAACUUCAUAAUUAUGUAGGCCCUACAAACUAAUAAAGUUCUAUUUACUGGUUUCACCAAAGUGUAGAGACGGCUAUGUUUUGCAGCCAAAGUUGUUUAUUUGUUGGAUCUCCAUUCUUCCUGGGGUCCACUUAUUCAAUAAAAUCAGUCCAUCAAAGUUAUGUCAUUAAAAGUUGAAAAUUAAAUUAAACAAGGAAUCAAUAAAAUAUGUUACAGAAUAGCCUAUAUGCACAAAAUACAUUAAGUCAGUUACACAAUUUACAAUUAUUACAGCCUGUUAUUAAAUAAACCAUUGUAAGUAUAACUCUUUCAAAAAAAUACAUCAUAACUUAAACUUAAAACUGGCUUUAGAACUUAUUUCAGUGAUAAAAGUUGGCAUACUGUUCCAUUGCUCUGUAUCCCACUGUUCGCUAUAAUAGGCCAUUUGCCAUUUGGUAUUAACUCGGGGUACAAAUGUUCCUGUCAGUGCAGACCUUGUAUUAAAAAUAUGGAUGUUAGAAGUUUUACAGAAUCUGCUAUAUUGUUUCAGAGGGGUUUUAUUAUUUAAAAUGGCCUGUUUGAGGUCAACAAAGAGGACAUAAGUUUAUCCUCAACUUUUAGUCAGUGCAAAGAAGAGUGCAUAUGUGUGGUAGUAUGUAUAAGGCCAUACUAUGUUACAAUACUCCAUCUGACUCAGAACCAAGGCACUAAUCACUCUUUUCAUUAAUGCUCCGGUUUUCUCUGGCUGGUCAUUCAAAAUGGCGGACAUGGAGAAGACCUACCUAUUCAUAGCCUGGGAACACCCAUACUGCCUUACGUUCUACACAAAUCGUUUCAAUCUGAAAGACAAUCUCACUUGUGAUUAGGUCUGGUGGUGACCAGGCAAACCUAUUCAUAUAUGAAUAGUGUAAAUCAUACGAUAAAUAUUCAUGAAAAAUAUCAUAUUUGUGAAUGGCCAGCUCUCGCAUAGUAAUUCAUAGUAACUGUCAUUAUGUAUGGAAAUUCACAGUGCAUGUCGCCUACACCGCUACAAAAUAUUAAAAUAUAGGCCUAAUGCACCAUUAAAUAUAGUUUUACAAAUAUUGUAAAAUGGUGCAGAGGUUGUUCAUUAGAUGCUUUUCAGCGGUUUUAGCUGUUUACACAUUAUGUUGGCAUUUGCAGCUUCAGUAAACAAUUUUUAACUUAGGUCAAAGGUCAACAGCGUUGGCAUACCUCUCUGCCUGUAGGUUACUUGUUAAAAGCUCUGCUGCUUCAACAAAUCAAGGGUUCUCUCUCAGGUAAAACAAACAAACAAAAACAAAUAGAUGAAGCAUUCCAUUCACAAUAAUGCUACAGCAUCCACGAGCAAGAAUAGUUUUUUUAUUAUUAUUUUUUUUACUAAACUAAACAGUCACAAACAGAUCAUAAUGAACAAUAACAUUAAUGAACAUAUAAUUACACAUUAUUGUAAUUAACACAUUAUAACAGACAUACCUUUAAUUAUGUAAUCUAUGGAAACACAUCUCAUUGUUGACAAACCAGAUGAUACAGUAAGUAUAAGGACUGCAGAAAAAAUCAAAUGAAACUCCCUCUCACUGACCAAUGGUAUUUAAAUAUUUUUGUGAUGAAGACAUUUUAGGCAAAGGUUUCCAAGUUCACCAUUAUUGGCCAUUAGUGUGAGACAGAUAUGAUAUAAGAGGACAUGAGAGGGACAUAGAGCUGUGAUCAAACCCCUGAAUGGGGAGCUGUGACCAGAGAUGACCUCGAGUGCAUCUUAAUAUGCCACCUUGCCUCCUCCACUU